AUGCUGUUGCUGCUCUUUCUUGGGGUGGCCAUGAGCAGAUGUAUACAUGAUGAGAUCCAAAAGUCUGUGAGCCUUCUCAGGCCCCCUCCCUCCCAACUGCCCACAGACUUCCGCUCCUCUUCCCUCCCUGUCCCUGGCUCCCAUGAUCCUCAACCCCUCAGAAUCCAAAUCUACUCUAUGGGAGACCCCAUAUCAAAUGGAACUUGGGAUCCUAAGGGGGAUGAGAUGAGAAGAGGGAAAUCCCAAGCUCUGGCCGCAGUGAAAGAAGCCACUCAGCGAAUCCAGGGCAUCCUAGCAGUCCUUCCAGUACAAGGACCCUUGCUUUUGAGUCGAGACCCUGAAAAAUACUGCCAUUCUGUCUGGGGAGACCCAGAUACUCCUAAUUACCACAGGUGCAGCCUUCUGAACCCAGGAUACAAAGGAGAGAGUUGCCUGGGGGCAAAGAUACCUGAUGCCCAUCUCCGUGGUUAUGCCUUGUGGCCAGAGCAUGGUCCCCCACAAUUAAUCCAGCCAGACGGGCCUGGGGUCCAAAAUGCUGAUUUUCUCCUGUAUAUGCGGGUUGGUCACACUUCCAAGUGCCACCAAAAGCCUUCUGUCAUAGCCUAUGCUGCCUGUUGUCAACUGGACUCAGAAGACAGGCCCCUUGCUGGUACCAUUAUCUACUGUGCCAAACACCUCACCAGCCCCAGCCUCAGCCACGGUGACAUCGUCAUGGCUACACUACACGAAUUGCUCCAUGCUCUGGGUUUCUCUGGACAGCUCUUCCAGAAAUGGCGGGAGUGCCCUUCAGGACUCAGUGUUAAAGAGAAUUGUUCUACAAGGCAACAGGUGACAAGACAAGAUAAGCGGGGACAGCUGCUUCUUACCACCCCAACUGUUAGCCAUAGCCUGGCCAAACAUUUGGGAGUGCUAGGGGUUUCUCUGAGCGCUCCCUUGGAAGAAGAGGGCCCUUUGUCCUCACACUGGGAGGCCAGACUCUUCCAGGGUUCUAUCAUGGCUGCUACUUUUGAUGGUGCCCAACGCACUCAACUUGACCCAAUCACUCUUUCUGCCUUCCAAGAUUCAGGCUGGUAUCAGGUCAACCACAGUGCUGCCGAGAAGCUGUUGUGGGGCCAUGGAUCUGGCCUAGAAUUUGGCCUAGUGACCACAUGUGGGACUGACUCCUCAGAUUUCUUCUGUACUGGCAGCGGGCUGGGUUGCCACUACCUGCACUUGGACAAGGGAAUCUGUUCCUCAGACCCCAUGCUGGAAGGCUGCCACAUGUACAAACCCCUAGCUAAUAGGAGUGAAUGCUGGAAGAAAGAAAAUGGUCCUCCAGCUGGGGCUGAGAAUCCACAUGGGGAGAUCUACCAUUCCCAGAGUCGUUGCUUCCUUGCCAACCUCACUUCACAGCUGUUCCCUGGGGAUGAAACCAGCCAUCCCUCUCAGGUCCCACAUCUCAAGGAAGCAGAGCUCACUGGCCGAUGCUACUUACAUCAAUGCACACAGAAAGGAGAGUACAAAGUGCAAGUGGAGGGAUCACCUUGGGUUCCAUGCCUUCCAGGAAAGGCUAUUCAGGUGCCUGGGUACUAUGGUCUUCUCUACUGUCCCCAAGGCAGGCUGUGUCAGAAUGAAGAUGCAAAUGCAGUUAUUUCACCUAUGAGUCUUGCAACCCAAGACCUGCUAUUCCAGCUGUCUUUAGGAUUAGCUGGGCCUCCAGGCCACUCACUGGAGAAGGAACAGAGAGAAGAACUGGCUGAAACAGUACUACAGGCUCUAGUGAACAGAAGCAGUGCUGACAGGUGCUAUUUCCACAACCCAUCAGUCACCACUAGUUUGGUCUUCACUGUGCAUAUGUGGAAGUUCCCUGGUUGCCAAGGACCUUCAGCUGCUGUGCUAUACAAUGCCCUGACCCUGACUCUCCAGAAGGAGCCUCUUGAAGUAUAUCAUGGAGAAGCCAGCUAUACCACAAAAUACAGCAAGUUGCUGGUUUCCUUGGAUCAUAACCUAUCUAUGAAUCACAUAUUGCUGUCCUUGGGACUCUGUCUACCAUUGGUAAUUCUGGUGGGUAUUCUGGGUACUGUGGUCUAUCAGAAACGAGCUGCUCUUCAGGUGGGACCAUUUGCCCCUUGCCAUCACCAAACAAACAUGGACUGA